CAACAGAAGAACUACAACAAAACCCCCUUCGUUUGCUCAUGGAAAAAACACACGGCACUCAUUUCUCGGAAGUCUUUUGAGUCUCUCAAGUAUUAGCAUUUACUAACAGAGAGAGGAGCCACUCUCGGCCUACAUGCAGCAAGUCAACACGAGCUGUUUGGAAAAAUUACCUAGGUGUCCGUGUUUCUCUUUUGUAAAGGUACAUUUAUUUUUUUAGCCCGUUAGCAAAGCGACUUCCUCUUGUCUAUGAGGAGCAGAUGCUUCGCUAGCUGUCUAAAGCUGGAUUAUAACGCUACUUAUAAGGCGUUUACAAGUUUGACAGCUUGGAAGCUGAUUAUGUAAUUGAUACCAACUGGUGAGAAGCAUGGAGCUGUAUUGGUACAUAGUUGUCAUAAUAUUUAUUAUGAUUAAGAUCUUCUUCUACAUCUGCUGGUAUCGCUCAAGGCAAAGACAGCUUGCUGCGUACCUCAGUAAUCCCCGAAACGCUCAGAUCGUCAUUGUGGGAGGACGUGCGUACCUCCACCAGAUCUGUGAGAGACAAAAUACAUCAAUCUGGCCCAGUUGGUACGGAGUUCAGGACGACGGCUCGGUGGGCGAACCCUCCGCCUCUCUUCCACCAUCAUCCUCGUUGUCUCAACUGGACAUGCCUCCUCCAUAUGAGGCAGUUUCUGGAGCAAAUGACCUGAAGCCUCCACCGUACAGCGAGUACGCUCAAAACGACGAUACCGAUGCAUCCCUGAGCAUCGCCAUCCCGGAUGGCAAUGAUUCCAGUGCAAUUAGCGAUGCUCCACCCCCUUACACACCCAGCAUCACUUCUCCAGCCAAUCAGCAAGAAGACAGCCACAUCCAAUCACAACCGGAGGGAAGGUCAAGUUAAACUUCUCUCAAUAUAGAAACACAACAAGGCCUAAGCAACUGCUUUAGCCCCUCUAGGUCUUGUUUUUCCAUCAGAACUUAUUUUCUUCUCAAGCAAAUUAUACAAAGAAAAAAGAUUUCACAUUGGCGGUGGAUCUGGCUUGUUCUCUUGUGAGAGAAUUUGAAUAGUGCACAAUAUGCAGUAUAAAGAAUGAGACUGGCCUGAUGCCAUCUUCUGGCAGAGUCGAGCACUGCUCUGCCCACGCUGGUGUACCGGUGCUUUCAGUUCACCCAUGCCUUAUGUUCAUUUCCUUCAGCAAAACCACCGCACGUAGCCAUACAGCAAACACCGCCAUUUCGAUAUUUUAAACGAUUACUUUCACCAUCAUUUAUUUGGCGUGUCGAAGACUAAUUCCAUGAUCACGUGUGGCUGAUUGAGGAACUGUAAAUAGGCUAGUGGGUUGAUUGGUGCCAAGCACGUUCUGCUUAGACAAUGUCAUUGACACAUUUCUUUAUUAUUUUUUUUUAAAUCCCAAAGGGAGAGGUUAAAGGUGUAGUUCAUGCAAAAAUGAAUACUCACCCUCAUGCUCACCUGUAUGACUGUAUGACAAUGGUAACCAAAAUUCCACAGGAGAAAGUAAAAGUCAUGACAUGAGGUGAAAUGAUGACAGAAUUUAAAUUUUUGCCUGAACUAUCUCUUUAAAGUAUAGAGGUCUAGCCUCAGGUUUAUUUAUAACCUCAGUUUAUAUGUGAUGACAAUUUAAAAAAAAAAAGAAAAAAAGAAAGCCCUCUGAAGCACUUUUAAUGUGUUGUAAUUGCCUUAAUUCCGUCUGUUAGUAAGUGUCCAAUAUUCCUGAAUCAACCAGAGCCAGUGUGGAUAAUGUGGCUAAUGGUCAUGACUCGUGUAAAUGUGUGCAGUCCUACUCUGUUGUAUCGCUUAUCAGGUUAAAUGUAACACACUGAUGCAUUUGAGAUCACGGUGCCCUUAUUAACAAUUUCUGCUAACCGAAAUAGACCUUCCACGUGUGUGUGUGUGUGUGCGUGCGUGUGCGUGCGUGCCUGUGUGUGUGUGUGUGUUAAGGCAUAUGUUUGAUGUGUGAUAUGUUUGAUAUGUUUUUCAACUGUGUGAUGAAUUCAAACAGAACUUCCUUGUGAAAAGUUUGUGCUUUAGUGAGCGCAUGAAGUCAUCUCUGUGCAAUUGUCAAUAUAUCAGGUUCACAUAAUGGGAUCAAUAUUUUUUUGUAUUUAAAAAAAAAAAAAAUGUCCACAUGAAAGGAUGUGAUCUAAGUGUGCUUUCAGAAUAUGUGUGUGUAGUUCCGUCCCCCGAACGCCCGGUCCUUCACUAUGUACUUUCAUUUAAUCAUAAUUUGAUUUAAAAUGCUAAUCCUGCAACAUGUAUUAUCUCAUUUAAACUGAAGUACUGUAUAUGCUAUUUUUGUAUUUAUGGAAAAACCCUUUGAAUCUCUUUCAAAAAUAAAGAUCGGUGAAAUGUCAUGUUUGAAAACAGCUCAUUUCUCCAACAAACUCAA